AUGGGCCGUACCGUACACGAUGUUGGGAGCCAUACUGAGGCGGUCAUGUAUAGGCCCAUGACUCGUAUAGGAGGAAUAGUAGUCGAAGCCCCAACUUAUGGAAAGCUAAUCACCAUUCUCAGCAUUGAUGGAGGCGGUAUAAGAGGCAUCAUUCCUGGCACUGUCCUUGCUUACCUUGAAUCCCAACUUCAGGAGUUGAAUGGUAAGGAUGCUAGACUUGCAGAUUACUUUGACGUGAUUGCAGGAACAAGCACCGGUGGUCUUGUAACUGCCAUGUUAACAGCUCCAAAUGAAAACAAUCGUCCUUUAUUUGCCGCUAAAGACAUUAAGCCUUUUUAUCUUGAACACAGCCCUAAGAUUUUCCCACAGAAAAGGGGCAUGUUUACAUCACUUAGAAACACGUUGAAUUUAUUAGCUGGACCCAAGUACGAUGGCAAGUAUCUUCACAAAGUUGCUUUAGUUGCCAUAUGCCAGAUAACCAAAAAGGCCUUUAGUGGAAGUCCAGAUUUCUUCCCGAUUAAGCCCAUGGACUAUGGACGCUUUCUAGUGAUCUUAGUAGGCACUGGCUCUGCAAAGGUGGAACAGAAAUACAGUGCGAAAAUGGCAGCCAAAUGGGGUGUUUUUAGUUGGUUACUUCACGGCGGUUCCAGUCCGUUGGUGGAUGUUUUCACUCAAGCAAGUGCUGAUAUGGUUGAUUUCCAUAUUUCUGUGGUUUUUCGAGCUCUUCAUUCCGAAGAAAACUACCUUCGAAUUCAAGAGGACUCCUUAAUUGGGACAGACUCCUCCGUUGAUGUUGCUACAGAGGAGAACUUGAACAGAAUUGUGGAGAUUGGAGAGACGUUGUUGAAGAAACCAGUUUCGAGGGUAAACUUGGAAAUUGGUCUUUCUGAACUAGUCAAAAAUGGUGGCACAAAUAAGGAUGCUCUGAAAAGGUUUGCGAAAUUGCUCUGA